AUGGCCAGUAACAACGUAUACAUAGUUGUGUGUGUUUAUCCCAAUUGUCGUAUGAGAAAUGGCGACAAUGGGGUGACAUUUGAAUGUGAGAAUCCGAUACUAUCACGCACUCAGCAUGUAAGUACGUUGUCGGAGUUGAAGAGUUGGAUACUGAACAACCUCGGUCGUACAGAAGCGAGGGAGGUCGGAAGGGUGGGGUAUAGGUUGCUAGCACCAAUGGGCAAUGGAGUUUUCCGGUUUCGACUCUUUCGACUUUUAGGAGACGAGCAUGUUCGACUCAAGUUCGACAUCCAUGGGAGGAUCAUAGCGGAACAGAUGAUGGAGCUUUCCGCCGAGGACGAACGACCUCUUGCACCACCACCGAUCCAUAUCGCCAUUCCAGUUGAUGAGGCGGAGGAGGACGACGAGGAGUCAGACGAAGAAUACGUGGCGGAUAGUGCCGACAAUGAUUCUUCGGAAGGGUUCGAUGAGGAGGAGUUUGUACCCGAGAUGCUCGCUCCGACUGUGGCGCGCCAUGUCUUGCCUCCACUUCACUCAAUUCCGACGCUAUCGGCAGUGCCAAGUCACUAUCAAAAUCUGGAUUUGGACGCCAUGCAUGAGAGAACUCCAUUUUCUGACACAGGAGAAGAGGAAUACAACCUGGACGGUGGGAUAAAGUUUCAGGUCGGCCACAUGUUCAAAUGUCGAGAUGCAGUCCUUCAGGGUGUGAAGAAUUACAUUAUUCAUAGGAGUGCAGAGUACCGGGUGAUCAAAUCAGACCGACUAAAGUACCAUGUGCAGUGCCGGCAAGCUGCGACUGGGUGUCUAUGGAGCCUCCGUGUGGCCCUUCGGCAGAACCUCGGAUAUUGGGAGGGUCAUCUUGCCGUUGAUACAGUUCAACCCCUCCGUGAGCAUUCCGGUGUUGCAAGGUGCGAUACGGGCGAGCUAUCACUUCAAACCCUUGUACAGAAAGGUGUGGAUGGUGAAGUAGAAGGCAAUUGCACAGAUUUACGGGGAUUGGGAGGAGUCGUACAACAAGGUGCCGGAACUGCUCCAGGCACUGCAAAGCUAUUUUUCUAG